UCUCACGUCGCCGCACGCGCGCGCACACGUCGCCGACCGCCUUGAUAAAAUAAUAUUACACAUAAAUCGAUGGUACGCGAUAAAACGCGCAAAAGUCUUCCGUUUUUGACCCGAUCGCCGCUCGGCACCACAGUCAUCGUCGUUACGCGGUGAGCAGCUCUGCAGUGGCCGUUAGACGGGCACGUCACAACGUUGACGUUUUAUAGUGUAGCGACGAUCGUGCCAGUCCCGGUUACAGACAUGGCUGUGGCGGCCGCGCGAUGACCACGUCGCGACUUGUCGGCAGGUGACACCGGCCGGCCCGCUCGCCGUUUUCAAAACAACCCGGUGGACGUUGCAAAAGUGUUGUGCUCUAUACCUCCUUGGCCCCACAGUCCUGCGUGUAGGUGGUGUACACACGCGCGCGCGCGACAUGACUGCCAAGACCGUCGCCAAGUCCGCCAACGAACAGGCGGACGACCAGCUUGAGCACAUGCUGCUGUUCUUCAACCUGAGCAUACGUAAACUGGCGUUCGUCGGCGUGUCUUUGCCGCUCAUCACUCUGUUGACGUGCCUGGCCACCGCGUACGUCUUCCAGUACGAUGACGUGCACGAGACGCACUGUCGAGUCUACAAUGUAAUACCUUCAAUUAGCGCCAUCACCGGUGUGACGCCUCAGACGUAUAUGUGGCGGAUAGCCGUCGCUUUUCAUGUUGGACCUCGCAUGGUCAUCGCCCAGGUGUACUACAACUAUUUCAUCAGCCAGAUAUCCAAAGCUGCCGACAAGUCCACCAGUUACAUACUUAUCAACCUCUGCUACUGGCUCAAUCUCAUCGAAAUAGCUGCAAUAUGUGGCGUAACUUACAUAUCCAAUAGAGAAAACUAUCCCGUGCACGAGAAAAUCUUCAUUUUGUUCAUGCUCAGCUCAUUGUUGUACAUGAUUGUUAUGAUUAAGACAUUCAAUAUGGUGCACAAAAGUAUGACGGAACAUCAACGUUUGUCGUAUACCAUUAAGAAAAUACUAUUCGCUAUUUGUAUUACAUCGACGUUCACAUUGAUAAUUUACUUUAUUAAACAUCGUUUCUACUGCCAUGACUUAGCAUUCACUUGGUUCGCACUUAGCGAGUAUGUCCUGGCAGUAUCAAAUAUGGCUUUCCACUUUACCAUUACACUGGACUUCCCACACGAACAGUUGAUAGUUGCUAAAAAUUUUCCAACACUCAAAACAGACUGAUGUGUUCUAUAUAUUGAAUCGAAGACUUGUGACUCAAACAUCUUACUUCCAUACACCUAAUUAAUCUACUUUAUAUAUAUAUAUGUAAAGUACAUAUAAAUAAAUAUAUACCUUUGACAGCUCUUAGGCAAAUGCUCAUGUAAUACGUAUGUGUUUAGUCUGGAAACUAUAUUGUUUUAUAUUCUUGUUGACUUUCAGUUUGAAUAAAUUUCGAUUGCAUUUUUAACUUCCUACGUAAUUGAAAUUUGUCUUUAUCUAUUGUUAAGUUCAAAUAUAUAAUUAUUUUAUAUACACAUAUAAUCAUAUAUUAUACAAGUAUAAUAUAGUUUCCAACACAAACACGCACAAUAUAGCUAAUGUUUUUAAAUUUGUUUACGACAUAAUUUAUAAAUUUUAUAGUAAACAAAUUUAGGUCACAUAUCUACCGUUGUCCUUUGGAAAUUUUUUUUAUUGCAAUCAAAUGAGCAUUUAGUUAUUCUUUAUGUUAAAGAUAUAUAACUUACAAUUUAUUAU